UAACCCUAAAACCUUAAACAUUUCCAACAAUGGCGGAACCUGUUGUAGACAAUUUAUACGAUUCUAUCUCCGAACUUGGCGUUGACUUCGAGUUGACUUUCGAAGACCUCUACUUUCCUUCUGAGAACGAGUCCUUCUUCGUCCCUGUUGAUAAGACAUUGAUAACAACGAAGAGGAAGAAGGAGACUGAAGAAGAAGAAGAUAGAUGGAGGAGCUAUAAGUACAGGAGAAUCGAUGAAGAUGGUGCUGAUGAGGAGAAGAAGAGGAAGGCGAGGCUGGUUCGGAACCGUGAGAGUGCUCUGCUUUCGAGGCAGAGGAAGAAGCAUUACGUGGAGGAGCUUGAGGACAAAGUCAAGAGCUUGCAAUCCGUUAUAACGGAUUUGAACAGUAAAGUCUCCUACUUUAUGUCUGAGAAUGCUACUCUGAAGCAGACGGUAGGUCCCGCCGGGAAGGGCAUGUGCUGGCCGCCACCGUCUGGAUUAAUGUAUCCAUGGAUGAUGAUGCCGUUUCCAGCUUAUUUAGGUUCACAUCGAGUAGUGCCUUUGCUUCCUAUUCCUAGUUUGAAACCACAGCGGUCCGUGGCUAAGGUGAAGAAGUCAGAAGCUAAGACCAAGAAGGUUGCUAGUGUUAGUGUUCUUGGUCUUAUCUUUUGUCUGUUUCUGUUUGGUGCAUUGGUUCCUUUUGUGGUUAGAGGAACAGUUUUGGAUGUGUCAGUUAAUAGUAGUAGUAGUAGAGGUUAUGAUAGUGAGCUACUAGUUGCAUCACUAUUUGUUCCGAGGAAUGAGAAGCUUGUGAAGCUAGAUGGAAACUUAAUUAUUCAUCCUGUUUCGACAAGCAAGGAAGACAAACUCAACUCAACAGCAGCCAAUGGUGAAAUGAAGCAAUGGUUUCUUGAAGGUGUUGCAGGACCAAUGUUCAGUUCGGAGAUGUGCACUGAAGUGUUUCAGUUUGAUGUCUCCUCAACCUCUGGAUCCAUUAGACCUGCUUCUCAACAGCCUAAGAACAACAAUGAUACACAUAAGCCAUUCUCAUCAAUGCUUGUAUCUGUGCUUACUGAUCCCAGAGAAGAAGGCGAUGAUGGAGAGAUGGCGGGAGGUACAAAAUCACUAUCUCGAGUUUUCAUAGUCGUUCUUGUUGACGGUGUGAAGUAUGUAACCUACUCAUGCGUCCUCCCUCAUCUUGUAACCACUUGA